CGCGCAUGCGCACUGGCGCGCGGCUCCCGGAGCGCAGCCGGCGGCGCCGAGCCGGAGCUGAGCUGAGACUGCUCCUGCCCGCGGGACUCCCCCCGAGCUUUGCGCUUGGUGUCUUUGCGCCGAGGCAAACAGGUAUCUCCUGGCGGUCUGCGCUCCUGACAGCCCUGCAUCCGCUCCCGAGUGCGGCUCUCGGCUCGUUCUCCACAGCUCGCCCUCUCCAGACCUGCCGUGCCCGGGAGCGCUGGGAGCGGACCGCUGUCCCGGCGCGGCGCUGACACCGAUCCCGCUGAUCCUGCUCCUCCAGCAUCGCGGGGCAGCCUCUGCAGAACAGAAUGACUCAGUGGUAUCAGCUACAGCAACUUGAUUCCAAGUAUUUGGAGCAAGUUCACCAGCUAUAUGAUGACAGCUUUCCUAUGGAGAUCAGGCAGUACCUGGCACAGUGGCUGGAAAACCAGGAUUGGGAACAUGCGGCCAACAAUAUAUCAUUUGCUACACUGUUAUUCCAUGACCUGCUGUCACAGCUUGAUGAUCAAUUUAGUAGAUUCUUGAUAGAAAACAACUUUUUGCUGCAGCACAACAUAAGGAAAAGCAAACGUAAUCUUCAGGAUAACUUCCAAGAAGACCCAAUACACAUGGCAAUGAUCAUCCACAACUGUCUGAAAGAAGAGAGGAAAAUACUGAACUGUGCCCGGGCAUCCAAUGAGAUGGAAGUAGGGAGUGUACAGAACACUGCAGCUGGGAUGCCAGACAAACAGAAGGAGCUUGAUGCCAAAGUUAGGGCUGUAAAAAGCAGUGUCACAGAUGUGGAACAGGACAUCAAGACAUUAGAGGAUAUGCAAGAUGAAUAUGACUUCAAAUGUAAAACCCUGCAGAACAGAGAGCACGAGUCCAACAGUAUGUCUCAGGAGGAGUACAAAAAAGAACAACUGAAUCUCCAGCAUAUGUUUUUAUCCCUGGACUGCAAGAGAAAGGAAGUGGUGAAUAAGAUAAUUCAGCUGCUGCAGAUCACAGAGCACACACAGGCUGCCCUUAUUAAUGAUGAGCUGGUGGAGUGGAAGCACAGGCAGCAGACAGCAUGCAUUGGUGGGCCACCCAAUGCCUGCCUCGACCGCCUGCAGAACUGGUUCACCAUUGUUGCUGAAAGCCUACAGCAAGUUCGUCAGCAGCUCAAGAAGCUUGAGGAGCUGGAACAAAAGUUUACCUAUGACCCUGAUCCCAUCACAAAAAAUAAACAAGUUCUGCAGGACCGAACACACAAGCUUUUCCAACAACUCAUCCAAAGCUCCUUUGUGGUAGAGAGGCAGCCUUGCAUGCCAACACAUCCUCAGAGACCACUAGUCCUGAAGACAGGAGUGCAGUUUACUGUGAAGCUGAGAUUGCUGGUGAAACUGCAGGAACUGAACUACAACUUGAAAGUGAAAGUUUUAUUUGAUAAAGAUGUAACUGAGAAGAACUCAGUCAAAGGGUUCAGGAAAUUUAAUAUUUUGGGAACAAACACAAAAGUAAUGAACAUGGAAGAAUCUACUAAUGGAAGUCUAGCAGCAGAAUUCAGGCACUUGCAACUGAAAGAACAGAAAAACACAGGGAGCAGAACAAAUGAGGGUCCUCUCAUUGUAACAGAAGAGCUUCACUCUCUGAGUUUUGAGACACAGCUGUGCCAGCCUGGUUUGGUAAUAGACCUAGAGACCACAUCCCUUCCCAUUGUUGUGAUCUCAAAUGUGAGCCAGCUUCCCAGUGGAUGGGCUUCUAUCUUGUGGUUCAACAUGCUAUCUACUGAUCCCAAGAACCUGUCCUUCUUUCUGAAUCCACCUUGUGCAAAGUGGUCUAAGCUUUCUGAUGUUCUGAGUUGGCAGUUCUCUUCUGUAACAAAGAGAGGACUUAAUGCAGAUCAGCUGAGCAUGCUGGGAGAGAAGCUCCUUGGGCCAACAAAUGGAGGAUCUCAGGAUGGCCUCAUUCCUUGGACAAGAUUCUGCAAGGAAAAUAUAAAUGAUAAAAAUUUCCCCUUUUGGCUGUGGAUUGAGGGAAUCCUGGAGCUCAUUAAGAAACAUCUCCUCUGUCUCUGGAAUGACGGCUGCAUUAUGGGCUUCAUCAGCAAGGAAAGAGAACGUGCUCUGCUGAAGGACCAAAGCCCAGGAACAUUUUUAUUGAGAUUCAGUGAAAGCAGCAAGGAGGGAGCAAUCACCUUUACCUGGGUAGAGGAAUCUCAGAAUGAGCCACAGUUCCACUCAGUAGAGCCCUACACCAAGAAGGAGCUCUCUGCCGUGACCUUCCCCGACAUCAUCCGCAACUACAAAGUGAUGGCAGCCGAAAACAUUCCCGAGAACCCGCUGCGCUUCCUGUACCCCAACAUACCCAAGGACAAUGCCUUUGGCAAAUACUACUCCAGGCCUAAGGAGGCACCAGAGCCAAUGGAUUUGGAUGGUCCCAAGGGAAAUGGCUACAUCAAGACUGAGUUAAUCUCUGUAUCUGAAGUGCACCCCUCCAGGCUGCAGUCUCCAGAGAACCUGCUGCCCAUGUCUCCUGAGGAGUUCGAUGAGGUGUCUCGGAUGGUGGGCCCUGCAGAGAUCGAUACUGUGAUGUGUACACACAUUCAGCUCUGAGCUUUGGCUGAGCUUUCCCUGCAUCAUUAGCACGGCCAGUUCGCUUCAGCAUCCUGUGCUGCAGUCACUGCCUUGGUGACAACACUUCCCUCCUUCAGUUUCUCAGCCUGAAGGCCCAGCAGCACUUUUAGCUAAUGGGAAUAUCAACAGCACUAGCCUGAGCAGCCUCAUUCCAUGCCUAUCUUUGAUUAAUUAGCAAGGUACUGUGCCAGAGUGGAGGAAGAGGAAGGUGGCAAUGUGAGCUCCUCAAUGACAGUGAUGGGAGAAGCAUGCAUUCAUUGUUUGAAGGAUUUAAUUAAACGUUUAAAACAGUUGACUGUACAUAGAAGGCUUCAAAGAAAAGCUGGUUCUUUUGCAGAGGUUCUGUUCAGAAAGCUUACACCUUGAAUUUUUGUCUGCAUCACAAAAGGAAAACACUCUACAGCUAACAUGCCUCACUAAAUCCAUGUGCUGCUGAAGUCUGUUGUGAUUUUAGCUCUUCUGGGCAUGGCCCAGAGAGAGCAGAAGCCCAAAAUGUUUCCUGCAUUUCAUUUUUGCAAUUUUCACAAGGCAUAAUCUUGUGUAGGAUGUUUAGCACAAUCUCUCUCCAAAAGAGCAUUUCUUAGGGCACUACCUUCAAGCUGCAUUGGCACAUGCUGAGCUUGCAACCCAAGGUGUAUAAUCAAGAGUAAAGCCUCUGCAGACUGCAGUCAUCAGACAAUAUCAGAACCUCCUCUUAGGAGACUGCAGAAGGGAUUAAGUAUGGUUUUAUUUACUGUGCCUAAUCUGCCAAGGUGAGGAUCUGGUCCCCCCUCAUCUUUUGCAAUAAUACAGACCCCACAUAGGUUAUAACAGGUGGAAUGGAACUCAGUUUUCUGAUGCAUUAUGAACCAGGGCAUUUAUUUAACUGUUAAUUUGAAUAGCUAAAAGACUUUACAGGCUUUGAUAAUGAAGUGGUUUUGUCAUUAGGGGUAAGGCACAGGGAAGUGAAGAAGUUAAAGUUUAUCCAGAGCAAUGGCUGCAGGAUAUGCAGUCUGCAGUACUGAAAGGAUGAAGCUGUGCUUCCACCAGAGGAGGAACAGGUUUGUUUCUCAGCGUGUUUAAGGCAAUUAACAUCUCUCAGUUAAGAGGCAAGGCUGUUCUAGGCAGCUGGUCCCUCUGUCUAAGGAUAACUAUUAGUGCAGACUGCUAAUUAACCCUCUGCUGAGCAGAGGGGCUGCAGAGCACUCAGGCUGCACCCACCAGUCCAGGUACAGGAACAGGACAGCCACGGGAGGGGACCCUGCCUGAGAAGGGUUUGGACAAGGUCACCUCCAGAGGCCACUCCAGACCCAGCAGCUGCUGUCUGGGAAAACAGGGACUGCUUCAGUUUAGUGUGUUUUGCCCAAGAUAUCUGAUGUGCCCCCUGCAAAAGCUUCAAAGAAAAAUUAAAAGGACCUAGAGCAUGUAAGGUGUAUUUAAAUGAAAGCAUUACCAACUGACCUAUUUUUAGUGCCCUGGGUUACUGAGAUUAGCAGUGCUACAGGAAAUGACUUAAUGCUUUUAUCUUACUGUAACUAGCUGAAUGUGUAUUUGUUGCUAAUAUAAAAAAUCAAGGUGUUCAUUGAGCUAUGCUUUGUAUUCAUGUUCUACAUGUCAUUACUUGUAUACUUCACUUUUGUGGGACUUAAAGCCUUAUUCACAGGUUGGCCUUUCCAUAACCAGUAGUUCUAGAAGCAGUGAUUUUUCCUCAAUGGAAUAUUAUCUAUUUUAAAUAAAUUUAUAUUAUCUAUUUUAAAUAAAUGGAACUUUCAGUUUCCACUUUUGAAAUCUCUCAUACUUUGGCUACUUCUGUUAUAAAGUAGAUGUGCCAGUCAGUAUUUUACUUCUCUGUAUAGAAUUUUAAACUUGUUUGUGCAACUAAAGAGUUACAGCUCUGAAGCCAGUAUUGAUGCUUUUAAUUCUCUGCAUUUUUGAAGGUCUGUCUGCACUGGAGUUCUUAGAAGGUGGCUGUUAACUCUUUUUUUAUCACUGCUUGUAUCACUUCAUUCACUUGUUGCUGUCCCCACACAACCUUCAAUAAACUGAAUUUGAAUUUCUAA